CCGGUCUGAGCUGUCAGUCUCGUAAAGGUGCCGUCCUGCCCUAAACGUUUUUUUUAGUUAAAAAUGAGCGAGAAAGGCCUGUCGGACGAGGCAGCGGCAGCAGUUUGUAAAGAUGGAAACCCUCUAACUAAGGAUUUCAUGAUGCAGCAGACUAUGCUGAGGGUGAAAGAUCCAGUCAAAUCUCUGGAUUUCUACACCAGAAUCCUCGGCAUGACGCUACUGCAAAAGUUCGACUUCCCCUCUAUGCAUUUCUCGCUCUUCUUCUUGGGCUACGAGGACAAGAAAGAGAUUCCUGCAGAUGUGAAGGAAAGGACGGCCUGGACCUUUUCCAGGAGAGCCACCCUCGAGCUGACCCAUAACUGGGGUUCAGAGUCUGAUGAGAGUCAGACCUACCAUAAUGGAAACUCUGAUCCUCGUGGCUAUGGACACAUUGGAAUUGCGGUACCUGAUGUUUACGGAGCCUGUAAACUGUUUGAAGAGCAGGGAGUCAAGUUCGUCAAAAAGCCAGAUGAUGGUAAAAUGAAAGGCUUGGCCUUCAUUCAGGACCCUGAUGGAUACUGGAUCGAGAUCCUGAGUCCUAACAAUAUGGUGUCCAUCACCUCCUAAAGCUGACUGGAUCCUGCCUGCUGCACUACGUCGGUCUGCUAUGGCUUCAUGAGAGCAGAGCAGAGGAACUGAGCAACAUUUGAGAGCUGUGAACAAAUGGAGCGGGAUCAUUUGUACAUCAGUGAUAGUUUACAGAGGCGUGGGUUGGACUUCAGUGGGACAGUUUACAUUCAAACAAACUAGAUAAAUGACAUUGCUUUGUUUAAGGAACUACUCUGUAUAGUUCCUGCUUUUGUCCAGCAGUGUUUUAUCAAAGGUAAUGCUGAAACAAAGUUCUAAUACUGUUUAAUAAACAUAAAAGCCACAGA